AUGGAUGCUUUUCUGGGUUCUUGGAAGUUGUCGAAGAGUGAGGGUUUCGACGAGGUGAUGCGUCAUUUGGGCGUGAAUUUCAUCGCUCGCAAAGCCGGCAACACGCUCAAGCCCACCGUCACCAUUACCAGUGUGGGAGACGGACGCUACCACAUGAAGCUCGAGAGCACAUUCAAGAACACAGAGUUCACCUUCAAAUUGGGCGAGGAGUGUGACGAGGUGACUGCAGAUGGUCGGAAGGUGAAAUCCACCAUCACGAUGGAUGGCAGCACCAUGAAGCAUGUGCAGGUUGGAGAAAAGACCACUCACAUCGAGCGGGUCAUCGAGGGUGACAAGAUGUUGACAGUGAGUAGUGAUUGCCCGAUCAACGCCAUGAUCAGGCGUUUUACCAUCUUGUUUGCACUCAUGAUUGAGCCUACAUUCUAUCCAUUUUAG